ACCAAGUGUUGCAAAGUGAAUUACCUGUUGUACAUUUUUAGCUAUUAGAACAAUUUAGUUUCUUUUUUUUGGUAGUUCGAAGGAAUAUUUUUUUCCCUUUUCAAGUUUUUUCUUUUUUAUAUAAAAAAAGUUCUUUUUUCUUCUCUAACUUGAAUUUUAUACCUUUAUUUCUUUAAGAAACAGGGGAAAAAAGUGAAACUAGAAUAUAAGUUGAUCAUUUUAACUCAAUUUUGGUUAAGAGAAAGAGAGAGCGAGAAAGUGAGAGAAAAGACCAAAAUUCUGGAAAAUUAUGGGAAAUCGAAAUGCUACUUCAUCAUCAGGUGUCUCAUCGUACAAUAAUAGUCCAUCAAGGAUACAACGUCCAUCAAGUGCUUCCUCGUUUCGUAGUUCAUCAAGAUAUCGUUCUGAUAGAGGAAGAUCAUCAUCCUCCCUGUCCAAUGAUUCAUAUCCACUUUCCACCUUAAAUAAACUUCACAAUUCUGAUGAUAGUUCACCUUUAAUUAAUAAACUUCGUGAUAAAGUUGCCUCUAGAAUGUUAGGAUUUAAAGCUGGAAAUGGAAACAGUGAAAAUGAACCACCUCAUUUUUCAUCUCAUUCACAGUCAACAAGUAAUCUACUCGGUCCAGGAGGUAAUACAAGUGCCAACAGUGGACGUUCAAGUGUAAGUGGCCAUCGUAAUAAUAGUGUACAAUUAAAUGGUCGGCCAAAUGAUCAGAAUUCCGUUUUUCCAAAAUUAAAAUCCCAAUCAUCACUUACUAAUGAUCAACUUACCGCUCACCUAACGGAAGAGGAAAGGCUUAUAUUACAAAAAGUUUUCCAAAAAGAGGAAGAGUUUCACCGAGAAGCUUCAUCGAAAAGGCAAAUGAAAACUAAUUCAAGUGACAAGAAAGAUGGACUCACAAUUAGUUCACCAACAGCUCAAUCACCUUCAGCAAGUGCUCAACUUAUUGGUAAUUGUCGAACCUGUAGAAAGAAAAUACUGACCACUGAGGUUUGCAAUUAUUGCGAUACUUGUUCUGAGCCGAUUUGUGAAGAUUGUUCAUCUUAUUCUGAUAAAUCAAAGGAAAAGCUUUGGAUGUGUUCAUUUUGUCGUCGAAGAGGAACUCAACCUGCAGUCGCAACUUUAACCGAACUUGGACUAACAAUUCCUUCCUCUCUUGUAACUGGACGUCGACGAUCAACCAUCGUUACCAUGAAAGACUCAUUUCAGAAUCAGAGACGGCCUUCAAACAUUGAGACCACAACUGAUCGUUCAGCGGUUGUUGACUUGAAAAGUGAACUCACUCUUAGAGCUCCAGGUUUAAACCAUCAACAGGGUAUUCCAAUUAAUGCAACAUUAACGGGUCGAUAUGAUGCUACAUCAGGGCGCAACUUUAUGUCCACUUCGGGAGGAUUAACGACCGGACAACAGCCUCAGAGACGUUACUCUUCAAUCGUAGUGUCUAAAACUCGAUAUUCUUCAGCUGAAGGUUUAGAUGAAAGAAGAACCUCUGAUGAGGCUAUUCGAAGUGUCUCCGCAAUGAGCGAUGGUCUAAAGCGUAACGAAAUUGAUCAAUUUCGAUCUCGUGAUGGACUAUUACCCAUUAUUGGUAAUCAACCGUUGACAGGUAACAAUAUGAUGAUCAACCCAAAUCAUUCUGCUCUACCAAACGAGACUAUUCAAUCUUCAGGUCGAGUUUUAGGAAAAUCGUUUUCAGCCUCAGAUAGUUCACUCGAAGAUUACAUUAUGGACUCUACAACAUUGGACAGUUCACAACAAUUUGGAGCCAAUAGUGAUCUUAGUACAUUGAAAAGACGUCGAUCUCAACGGUCACGGUCAGUUCAUCAAAGUGCUCGUAAGCUGGUUAAUCCAGAUGAACUCUGUGAUCCAUCAAAUUUACAUAAUCAACAACAAAAUCCACAUAAUCACCUUCAGUAUACCGGCGGCAGUUUAACUAAUACACCAACCCCACCCUCAGUAAUUUCCUCUCAUUAUAAUCCCAACAGCAACACGAACAACAACAAUAUGUUAGGCUCAACUAAUCCAUUAAUCUGUGCUUCUUAUGGUGCAAUCAAUAGUUCAGAAAGUUCAUCAUCAUGGGAACCUGGUGGUAGGAUUGGAGGAGUAGGAAUAACAAAGCGAAACAAUCAAAAUAAUAAUAAUAACAUUUACAAUUUACCAAUUAUUUAUAAUGAGAAUAAUGCUAACUAUCAUCAUAAUAUGAACAAUUUAAUUAACAGUGGAAGCAGUGGUAAUGGUGGGGGAGGACUAAAUUCAUCAAAUACUAACAGUAAUCUUAAUGGUUUACGUCAUAUUGCCUCUGAUGUUGCUUUGUAUACUCCAUCAACAACUGACCUUAACAGACGUAAAAGUGAUUCACAGUCUUCAGAAUUUUCAGAUAUUCGUAUACCCUCCCCACCUCAGGAAUCAAUGUCACCCUCAUCACCCGAUUUUUCAAGAUCACCAAGAGAAUCAGCAGAUUCAGAUAUGCUUGGAUUACCAACAAUUGGACCUUUACCAACCCAAAGGCGAUCCAUACCUUCAGUAUUGGUGGACAAUGGUGCUGUCGAUAAUCACCAUUUAACCCUCAAGGAUUGUUUCCCCCGCCGGUCAAGCACUGGACGAGCAUUACCAAGAAUACCAUCAGAACAGUCUCGAAGUUUACUCGAAUUACCCCAGGGACGAACCCUUAGUACACAUUCACUUGAUUUACCGAACACUGAUCAGCCUCAGAGACGAGCAUCGGCCCCGGAGGGCGAAAAUAUCACCAUUGUUAUUGAUGACGUUGAUUCGGCAGGACUUCGAAAGUCAAACUCUCAAAUUGAACGAAUCAUUUUACAUCGAGAUGAAACUGACCUUAACCCUCGAACUCAUGGAUUUGGCCUUAUUGUUAUGGGAGGUAAAAUGUCCGAAACCGAUGGUAAACUCUACGCUUAUGUGGCCUACAUUGUGCCCGGUGGAUCAGCUGAUAAGAUGUCAUUAAAAUCGGGUGAUAAAAUAUUGGAAUGGGAUAGAAAAUCAUUGGUCAAUUGUACCUUCGAACAAGUUUGUUCAAUCAUUGAAUCUUCACAGAAUACGGUUGAACUACUCAUCGAACCUUAUUGUCGAACAGAACGACGAGGUGCACUUAUUCAUCAACGUCGACGAUUGAGUCAAGCCUUUUCUCAAAGUGGUAGUGAUAUUUACUCAAGUCCACCGGUUUCACCUUCCUAUCGACGAGUGGACAGUUCUGAUGGAGGUUCUACUGCAAAUGUUAAUCGUUCUGGUCGUAAAUUACCUCGAACUCCUGAAUCUAUUCAGGCAAUUGGCCAAGGAGAGAUUCUUAUCCAAUGCUGGGUUGACCUGGAACGAAAUGAGCUCGUGAUAACCAUUAUAUGUGCCAAAGGAUUAACUACCAAUAAGCGACCUUGUUUUGCUCGAGUUCGAAUAAUUCCUGAAAUGGGUUUCAAGUGCUGUCAAACUGAACUGAGUAAUGGACUCGAAUGGAAUGAAACUGUUAUCAUACAAAAAUUUCCAAUCGAAAAGAUUACAGAGAUGGCCUUGGAAAUUGGUAUUUGGGAGACCAGUGGAACUUCAGAUAAACCUGAACUUCUCGGUGAAACCAUGAUACCCAUGGAAAGUGCAAUAGCUCAUAACACUGACUGGUGGCCUCUUCUUUUACCUCAAUACCUUUACAACCUUGCUAGAAGUUCAUCCUUGGAUACAUUAGCGGUGAAACCAAUCGGUGGUGAUGGUGGUUACAAUUGCCUUUCAGAAUCGAAAUCUGUUCCUUCAAGUCGCCGAAAUUCAGGUCGAUCGGAUAUAGUUGACCCACUUCGAGUGAUUAACAAUUUAAAUCCAUUACUGGUAACAACUUCUUCACAAAGUGUAACCUCACCGACAAGAACCAUGAGCCUAAGAAUGGGAAGAACCUCAAGUGAUGCCUUUGUCCACCAUUCAGGUAUCCAGGGAGGAAAUGGUGGUAUCGGCGGUGGAAGUGGUACUUUAAUUACCAAUAAUUCAGGUACCAGUGGACCAACACCUAGUUUAACCCUUGAACCUCCACCUUUAAGUCCAAGAAGGAAAAGUGCUUCAUCUUUAAUAAUGUCAAACGCUAAUAUGAACCGUUCAUUUAGCCUUAAAUCUAAUCCUGAUAUAUCGUUAACCUCAGAUUCAACGAUUAUCGGGUCAACAUCAAUCAUCUCGAAAGGUUCAAAGCGAGAUGGAGGUUUAACUGGACAUAAUAAUGACCCAUCAUCAGGAUAUAAUAAUAGUGAUUCAGAUUCAGAGGGUGGAACCUCUGAAAGUGAUUCAAUUAAUACCUCAACAUUAUCACAAAUGGAUUGUGAUUUAGAUUCCAGUCGGAUUGUUGGUGAACUUAAACUCGGCAUGAUAAUGACCAAAGGUGUACUCGAAGUUGAAGUUAUCGCCGCUCGUGGCCUUAUCUCAUCUAAUCCAAAGCAUCCUCCAGAUACUUAUGUUAAAGCUUAUAUUAAAGACGGUUCUAGACAUUAUAACAAGAAGAAAACUCGAAUCAUUCAGGCCAAUCGUGAUCCUCAGUAUCGACAAUUGUUGAAAUAUGAUGCUGGUAUUUUCUAUGGUCGGUCACUUUUAAUCAGUGUUUGGCAAAGACACCGAGGAUUUGAACAUAAUACACCUUUAGGUGCGGUCAAUUUACCGGUCAAUACAAUGCCUCUAACAAAGUUGACCAUUGGUUGGUACAAAUUGUAUGCUUUUGAACGGUCAUCGUAAAAUUAUAUCGAUAAAUGAUUAUCUCUCACUCUCUUUCUCUCCAUUUUUCUGUUGACCAAUUGUAUGAUAAAACUUGUUGAAUAUCAAGCUAAAUGUUGCGAUAAUAAAAUAAAUCAAUUUAAAUUUUGUUUUCUACUUUUCG